AUAUAUAUAUAUCAUUUGGAGAAAGAUUUAAAAAUUAUUAAAGAUUGUAUAAAGAAUAAAAUAAAUAAAAAUGACAAUGGCCAGCAAUAUCGUGGUCGAGUGGUUGCGUUCGCUCCAUCUCGGCCAAUAUUCCGAAUCGUUCAUCGAUAAUGGAUACGACGAUCUCGAGAUUUGCAAACAAAUUGGUGAUCCCGAUUUGGAUGCCAUAGGCGUGUUAAAUCUAACCCACCGUUCACGUUUAUUACAAUCGGUUAAAACAUUGAGGGAGGAGGGUGCUGCAAGCGUUUAUUUCACAUUGGAGGAAACUAACGAGUACCUAUGCGAUAACGUUAGCUCGAAAUCAUCGAGAACGUCUUCGGAAAGACCACCAAGCGACAAGGAUGUACAAAGGGCAUCACCAACUGCCAGUUCUUCGAGCGGUGGUCAAGAAUUAACUAAGUUUGCUGACGAAUACGAAGAAGGCAAAGCCGAAUUGGUCAGGAUCCCUCGGAUGCAACUUAGGAUGCUGUUGCAAGAGAAACUCAGGCAUGACGGCAUCAGACUCGCUUGUCAACCUUAUACCACACCGGAAGGCGAGAGGGGAUACUUGGAGGGACUAGCUUCAAGGUAUGCAGACCUCUUCAGAACGCAUUACGGAGAUGUCCUGGAGCCGCUUGAGGAGCUACGCCGACGCGAAACAAAUGCUUCCCCCAGAAUGCCCAACACUCAACUUACCACCAGUCAUUCACAGCCCAUUUACGUGCCUGGAAAAUACUCUCCAUCCAGUUGUCUCAGUGAUAAAGAAGAAGAUGAGAUCUAUGGUUUCGGUUAUGGUGUUUUUAGUAGACAAAUGCUUCAACAUCGCCAACAAAAACUCGCACUCGCAACACAAAAUGCAACCGUCAUGACGGCAGCUGGUCAUCCACAACCCUACCAAAGUUGUCUGAGCCCGAGAUCAGCAUUUUUCUACGAAUUUCCACCUAAUGAACAAGGACAUAACACGAGUAAGAAGAAGACCACGUUCUCGAGGCUAUUGAGGGGUUUAAAAACACACAAAAAAGAAAAGCAAGGACAAACUCAGGGCUCCCCGAGACACGGACGAACGAGAAUGGGCGUACCGCAGAGAGUUGAUACACCGGACAGCGUCCUUCAAAGUGGAUUAGGUCCCGGACCGGAUAUGGGUCACACGAUAUUACGUUCAAUGGUAGACCCACGAGAUUACGACCGACUGAGGUAUUUGCAAAUGAAUGGAGGUCAGCCAAAUAGCUUUGAAGAGACCAUAAAUAGGUUGAAAGUUCAAGAGGCAUUGAGGCAAAAGGAACGAUUCCAUAAAGAACACGAAGAGAUAUUGAGAGAUAUAAGACACGGAUUGAUGCAGUUAGGACGAGAUGGACGAGGUCAGGUUACAGGAGAUGACACCUACAUGUACGAUGAAGAUGCCAGAUGUGGAGGUACCGGUGGUAUGGGUGGUGGUUUAGGAGGUCAACAUUGGUACGAUGAACCACCAUACGAAUCGGACCCGGAAGAUUUUCUUAUGGGAGCAAGUGGUGGUCCCGUGCCUACGGCUACCAUUCAAAAUGGAAGAGUAUGCUUUACGUUAAAUCCAAGACCGGAAAAUAGAGGAGAAGGAGUGAUCUCCUUGAGAACAGCCGGAGACAUAAGUCUACCACGUGAACGUUCAAAAGGUACAGCUUCGACGAUGCGAGGAUUGAUCGUACCUCAAGGCCAUAACAAUCCACCUACGAUCAUACCUUUAACACACUCAAGGGCUUCACGAGAGAGUGGAGAUUAUGCGAGCAGUGACGUUCAAAGCCGGAGUAGCGGGGAGGAGGGACUUUCGCCAAGCCAGAGCAGCGACUACGAGGAACAAGAAGAACUUGAGAACCAACACUCAGCCGCUACACACACAUCGGAGGCGAGUGCACUGUUGGACGACGAAACUAAAACCGGGGUUGUAACUGGACGAAGUGGAAGAAAUCUACGACACGACGUGCAAACUAAGAUCUCAAGACUCCGUCAGGAUCGGGCGUCAUCUGAGGCCUUCCCAUGCAGUGCAAGCAGCGUCGAAAGUCUUCCAAGCGGAAGUGGUUCAAGCACGCAAGCUUUGGUCAGAGCGGGAAGUAAUCACAGCUCGAUAUCGUGCGAAGAAAGGGACGCCAUAAGCCCAACCACCAUCGGCCCUGUACUUUGCAGGGCGAGAGCCUUGGUCGAUUACACACCUAGUCCUUACGAUAAGGACGCGCUCAAAUUUAAGAAAGGAGAUAUCAUCGACGUUGUACAGAUGAACAAGAGUGGUCUCUGGAAAGGUGUCGUCCACAACAGAAUAGGACACUUUAAAUUCAUAAACGUGGAAAUAUUGAACGACAGAGUUUCAAGACGCGGUGACUCGGAACGUAGUAGCAAGUGGGGUCAAAGAUACAGGCAAAAACCCGGAUCAGUUCAAGAGCUCUUACAAAGAAUGAAUCUACAGGAACACAUUUCCGUUUUCGUGCUGAACGGUUACGAGGAUUUGGAGCUGUUCAGGGAAAUAGAGCCAGCGGAUCUCGAUUAUUUGAGUAUACAUCAACCGGAGCAUCGUGCCAAGAUACUUACAGCCGUACAACUACUACACGAUCUUCAGUCUGGUAGCGAAGGAGAUUUGGCAUCGAGUUCGGAAGGAGAUGAAGUUAGCAGAUUAGUUCUUCAUUCGGGUCAAACAUCCGGCCACUGUUCACCGUUCAACCGACGCCAAUUCCCAAGAGAUUCUGGUUGUUACGAUGCGCAUAAGAACCCAACCAGUCGUCGAAACGUCAGUCCGGAAUCAUCAAUAGGAACUAAGAUGAUAUCGAGGGAAAAUAAUUUGGACGGUAGUCUCCAAAAUAAAAUAACAGGUGGUAGCGUAACUGGCGAUGGUAAUGCAUUGGCAGAUCUAGUUAAGGACGAUUUUCAUCCGAACAUACCGAUUGGUGGAUCGAUGUUAUCACAAAAAGAAGGACAAUUUGAUAAGUCCCCUUUGUUACGGGGUGGCAGUGGUAGGGCAAUCGGAAAGAGAAGUAAUUUCGGGGAAACUGUAGUAAUCGAGGAAACCUGCGAGGGUAAUCAAAAACUUGGCAUGGUCAAAUACGUUGUAGGUGGUACCACUGAUCUUGGACUUGAAGCUGCACGCGAAGUUGCAACCGCUUUGAGUCAGCGUGGUUGUUUAAGCGAAAAAUCAAGCGACUCUGGUGUUAGUUCGUCUAGCAUUAGUUCAGCGCCAGCCCCAAGAGACAAAUCCUUGGUUACCGCAACGUGUACCACCGCACCACCAACUUCCGUCUCCCCGACUAAAAAUCAAUUCGGUAAUUUUACGAGAACCCCGCCGAUAACUCAAACCAGUUCGAAAAAUCAAGGAAACGCGAGCUCGGAAUAUCCGUGAUUUGUCUAGGAAAUAAUACGAAAUUAUGAUUAUGAUGAUGAUUAUUAUUAUGAUUACUAUUAUUAUUAUUAUUAUUAAUAUUCCCGUUAAAACAAUUACGAAAAUAUUAGAAAUGGCACACAAAACUUUACUUUUAAUGAAAUAAAAAUGACGAACAAAAUAUAAUAAAGGAAACUUUUGAAAAACCGGAUACGAGAUGUUACUCGAUCGGAUGGAUUAAAACUUGAUCCUCUUGGUUCAUCAAGUGGUUUCAUUUAACCAUCUAUUCUUUCAUUCGUAUCGAGUACUACAUAUGUAUAUAUCGAUUAAACAAAAAAAAAUGAAAAUAAAUAAUAACGAAGAGAGGAAAGAUAAUCGAAUAAUAAUGAGCUUGCAUUGUUUCCUUUUUUUUCUUUCGAUCAAGAUCAUUUGGUAAAUGUACAAUUUUCAAACUUUCUACGUCGUCGUUUUACUAUUAUCUUAUUCGAAAAUAUUAUUUGUAGGGAAUGACGCGGGAAAAAAAUAUAUUCCCUUUAAAAAAUGAUACAUAUGAUCUAUUAUAUACAUAAACAUAUAUAUAUAUAUAUACACAUAUAAAAUAUAUGUGUGUAUGUGCGUUUAUAAAGCGAAACUUCUUAAAUCCGAAUUUUCCUCGUGCGACGAUAGGCCCAAUGAGAAUCCUACGACAAGCUAAUACACUUACAUACGUGCAUGUAUGUAUACAAAUAAAAAAAAAUAAACUUAAACGCGAGAUUCUCAUAUGCGAUCAAAUGAUACACGUAGAAACUCGAAUUAUGUUCGAGAAUUCCCUCGAUAGCCUUUACCAUUUUCGCUAAUAUAAUAUAUUGUAUUUCUAUGUAUUAUUGCCUUGCUCUGAACUUUAUACAUACAUACUUGAGUCAUACAGCAAGAAUAAAAAAAAAAGAAGAAGAAGAAAUAA